UCAACGGACGGACGCGCACACACACUCGCCUCUACUGCUGGAACGUAACAGGCGUGCGGCUGUUGGUGUUAUGUUUUGUUUAUAUUAGUUUGCUGGACGAUUGCUUACACAACCGAGUAACGAUCGCCGCGUCCUUGCGCAGGAGGUGUGAAGAGGUUUUGUUCAGUGAAUGUUUCUGAGGGAAAACGCAGCCAAACAAGUGCAGGGAGGACACAGCACAACUUCACUAUGCAUAUUUGACAAAUACUUGGGGGCCAAUCAGGCAUGCCAAUGACGAUGAAGAUGAUGAGCUCUUGCCGUAGUAUCUGAUGGUUUGAUAAUAAUGGACAUUUCCAAUGGCCAGCCCAGCGUCUCCACCUUCGCGACCCCAGCGUCAGAGAAGAGCAGCAGUUCAGAGUCGCUCAGUGAAAAGGGCUCAUCAGAGCUCAAGAGUUUUGAUGCUGUGGUCUUUGAUGUGCUGAAGGUCACGCCAGAGGAAUAUGCAGGUCAGAUCACUCUCAUGGAUGCUCCAGUGUUCAAAGCCAUCCAGCCUGAGGAGCUCUCGAGUUGUGGCUGGAACAAAAAGGAAAAGCACAGUUCAGCUCCAAAUGCUGUAGCAUUCACACGACGCUUCAACCAGGUGAGUUUCUGGGUGGUGAGGGAGAUUCUUCAUGCCCAGACAUUAAAGAUCAGAGCGGAAGUGUUGAGUCUCUACAUCAGAACAGCAAAGAAACUGUGUGACAUUAAUAAUCUCCAUGCGGUGAUGGCGGUGGUCUCUGCAUUACAAAGUGCUCCCAUCUUUAGACUAACUAAGACCUGGGCUCUUUUAAGUCGGAAAGACAAGGCCAUGUUUGAGAGGUUGGAGUAUCUGAUGUCUAAAGAAGACAACUAUAAACGCUUGAGAGAAUAUAUCAGCAGCCAGAGCAUGACGUCCUGCAUCCCAUAUCUGGGUAUAUAUCUAUCUGACCUGACCUACAUUGAUUCGGCGUAUCCCUCCACUGGCAGCAUUCUAGAAAACGAGCAGCGCUCAAACCUUAUAAACAAUAUUCUGAGAAUCAUCUCAGAUCUGCAGAGAUCCUGUGAAUACGAUAUCCAAGUAUUGCCGCAUGUCCAGAAGUAUCUUAAUUCUGUUCGCUAUAUUGAGGAGCUACAGAAGUUUGUUGAGGAUGACAAUUAUAAGUUGUCCCUAAAGAUUGAGCCAUCAGCUACCAGCACACCUCGCACCAAUGCAUCUAAAGAAGAUCUCACGGGUCCAGACAAUUCCGCAUCCCCGUUAUGUGGACGUCGAGGAAAUUUUUCCGAAGUCCCGCCCACCCCACCCUCGCCCCGAAACCUCAUCACCUACGGACACAGAAAGUGUCAUAGCCUUGGCUACAAUUUUAUUCACAAAACAAGCACGGCAGAGUUUAAAAGUGCAACGUUCCCCAACGCUGGAUCCAGACAUCUGCUUGAUGACAGUGUGCUGGAAAGCCACACACCCACACGAGGGCAUGCGGAGAGCUCAACACUGUCGAGUGGCAUUUCACUGGGAAGCAGUGAAGGGUCAGAGCUCAGUGAAGAGAUGUCUUGGCCUGCUUUUGAGAGGACUCGACUCUAUCACUCUCUGGGUCCUGUCAGCCGAGUGGGCCGCAUGUCCUGCAGAGGAUCGCUCAGGCCCAGCAGUUCUGCUGAGUCGGAGGAGCUAGCCGUGCAUCUGUACCCAGGGGCCGUCACAGUUCAGGGCGUCCUGCGCAGGAAAACUGUCCUCAAGGAGGGCAAGAAGCCAACGGUGGCAGCGUGGACUAAGUAUUGGGUGGCUCUUUGUGGUAAUCAUCUUUACUACUAUACAGCUAAGUCCCUCAAAGCCACAGAAAGAAAGCAUUUUAAGUCAAGUGCCAGCAAAACGGUUCCUGUUGUGGGCUUGAUGGCCAUGAUGGCAGAUGACCUGGAGCAUCCCGAUGUCUUCAUGCUGACAGACUCUGAGCACGGAAACUCAUAUAAGUUCCAGGCAGGGAGCAGAAUGAACGCUUUACUAUGGUUCAAACAUUUAAGUGCGGCAUGUCAAAGCAACAGGCAACAGGUCCCUGCGAAUCUAAUGUCCUUUGAAUGAAUGAGACCAGGACGCAUCAAAAACAUUGGGAGCUUAUGAACGACUGGAUGAGUAGAGAGCAGAGGAAUACAAGGAUUACCGGGAGGGAGGGGGGCAAAGAGGCCGGAGAUAAAUUAAAAAGCUAAAGACUCCAGUGUUUCGUGUGUUGGAGCUUUUCCACUGCCAUCACCCAGCCUGAGCCCCACAGCAAGCUCUCUUGCACCACUGCCUUAACAAGCAGAGUGUGUCUGUGUCUGUGUGUUUGUGCGCGUGUGUGUGUGUGCGUGUUUUUGUGUGAAAGAGAUGGAUUUCCCCAGCAGCAAUGUUGUCUCCUCCACUGGCAUCUAAAUCUGAAAUGAACCUGAUUUCUUUGUUUUUUAUUUACACAUCCUCCGUCGUCCAAAGUGAGGAACUCUGGAAAGCAUUCCUGAAUGCAUGAGCACCUCAGUCUUGGACUCUUCACAGACUUCUGGAGUUUGUUUACCCAACCUUUACAUUAUCAUGGCUUGCUGCUGUUAUUCUUUUUUAUUUGAUUGUUAAAAAAAUAUGAUCAAUACUUCCUACCCCAGAAUCACCCACAACAACUUGGAAAUAUCUUUCUCUGGAUGACCAACCCUUACAUGCAGACACAAAAUCACACAAUCGUCGGCUAAUUGUCUUUUCGCAUGCUUGAGUUAGACUUAUGUGAGAGUGACGCAAGAUUCUUCACAAGCAGGUUUAACUGCGGAAAAUGAAAGUCCCUCGCUUAUUACCAGAAAGGGUUCAGAUUUUAGGUUGAUUCCAGAUGAAACGAAUCCGCAUUCUUUGACAACUUCAGUAAUCUUGUUCAGUUUCUAUAACCUUUUUAUCUAAUUUUAUUACAAGGCAUCUAAAAUUGUAACUGUUGAAGAAGAGAUAAAGAAGUCAAUUGGAACCAUGAGAUGUUGAAAGAUACACUCCCGGGUACUAUUUAUGAAUGUCACAAUAACAUGUUAUGAUAUUCAUGGGAAGAGCAAAACACGUUCAACUGAAAAGUACACUUGUUUACCCGAGUUCAAACUCAAAGUCAACAAAACUCUUUCUUCACACUUUUACAGUCACUUGAAAGCUGUGAAUGUCAGUGGGCGCGGCAGUCAGUAGGUUUACAUCUCCAAACAUGUAUUUGGUCCCAUUUAUAAUUUUAUGUUUUUUUUCAGUCUACCAAUGCUUUUUCAUUUGAAAUUGUGGGAGCAGGGGUGGCGUGUUAACAGUUAGAAGUUAACUUUUGUUAUGUAUUUUCUUUUUAAUGUUUUUUCCUUUUGCUUUUACUGUGGUUUGCUAAUUUUAUGUUAUUUUAUUUCAGUAUUACUGGGAUAGUUGCACAUGUCUAGAUUAUUUUAAAAGUCUGUUACGUAAACAUGUUACAUUAUUUUGUCUCGUCAAGAAACGCCACAACUCGGCACGGCUUCAACAGUAUGGACAUUUUCUUUUUUGUUGAGCAAUUCUUGUUUUAUCUUUCGAGAGAACAGCUGACGGGAGGUUUGAUAUUUGUUUGCGUUUGGCUGGCACAACCCAGUUUGUGUGCAUAUAUAUGUUUGCUCUUUCUAUAUCAAUUUUUGGGAGAGGAACAAAUAAAUAGCAUCACUGUUUUGCAGAAGCGUUUCAUCUGAAGGCCAGGAUGCAUCGGGAUGUUAAUUUAGAGGGGUCCAUCUUUAUAGUUAUUUUUCAAGAAUAUUCCAAAUCUAUUUUCUUGGGAUUUCAUGGACCUGUGCGUGAUUCCAAGCUUGUCUCCCCGUUGUGUGGAACAUCUCACUGGGGUUCAAAGUCUUGUGUCCCGCAAACUUUAAGAAGGAAAUGUCUUCGCUUCAUCGUUUUUUACACUUGCCAUUUAUAUAUCAUAGAACAAGACUAGGGCUUUAAAUCAGAAUCAGAUCAGCUUUUUUUUAACUUUGAUCACAGAUUAUCAGCAUGUCAAUUUUUUCCUUAUUUUCAGUGUUUCGGCACGGGACACGAGGGGUUAAAAUUAGAAAAUGUGGAGAGGAAUGAAAAACUGUGUGUGUUUUGUUGCUCAUAUUCCUAAAAGAAUAUUUUUGUGAUGGCACUUUUUAAUAAGGUGUCUCUCAUAGGAAAGAUUAUAGGGCAUGAUUUUAUUUGAUAUAUGACAUGCACAACACAGGCAAUACUUAAACAUUUAUGGAAUGCUGUUUGUGGGCGUUUAAGUAAUCUGAGGUAGUUUUUGUUUACAUACAUUUGUACUGAGCUUUUAAUGUCAGGUGUUAGAACUUGGGGUUUUGACUAAAGCUUUGAAGAUCUGGAUUCUUGGACUAAGUUUCCAAGGUUCAUAGCAAAGUAAAAGUGACUCAGAUCGAGAUGCUUUUACUUGAAAGUCUGUCAUGUUGGAUAAACGUUUACAUGGUCCAUGGAAAGUGGAAGAAUUUGUGAUUGAAACUUUGAUGUACUUCUUCCCCGAAAACUGAUUUGUCAUAUCUGAGCAGUCAUGGGGGCACAUUCAUGGAAAUUGCAUCUAGUUUAUUUAUAAAGCCGAAUGACCCAUGUGGUCACACACAGGAGGAUUAAAAUAGAAGGUUCUAGAAAUGAGGAAUACUUUAUUACAUGACAAAAGAGGGUUGCUGGUAGAGUGCCUGUAUGCUCAUACACGUCACAUCUCAUACACUUUAGUGAUAUAAUUUGACAAGUCCUCUACCUUUUCACAGGGAUUUGGACAAAGUUAAUAACAAUGCUAGACACUUGAAGAGCUCUAAUCUUUCUCUACUGAAGCUUUCUCUCUCCAAAACAUUCAUUAAACAUGACAGGUGAUGUUAAAGAAUGGUUAGAGGGAGAAACUUUGUAUGGACAAUAAUCUGAUCAGAUAUUUUUCAGUUUACCAUUUUUCACACUACAUCGUGCAUUCUCUCUUCAAUAGUAAUAAUUUUAAUAAACUGCGCUUACAUUUGUUCAUAGUUUUUUUUAUUGGUAUAACCAGUUUUGGGAGGUGGAGGUUUGAACUGGGACAGGUUAAUGCUGUUUUGUCUUUUUUUUGUGAAGUUCACUGUAUCUCCAACUUCCUAUAACCAUGUCAUUUUACUCUCUGUAUCUGUGCAAUGCAUAUGAUAUCAUACACAUACAAGUACAUACACCUGUGAUGUUAAUUUAUGGACUUCUGAUCCUACCUGCCGUUUUUGUUCUAAACUCCACUGCAUCACUUGUGUAUGUGAUGAUGUAUAACAAAGAACUGAUACUGUUUCGUAAUUAGACUAAGAAAUGAAUUUCCUUGUGUGUGCGUGAGUGUGUCUCUGUGCCAUCCUGUAUCACCUGCUCCUACUCACUUUAUAUCUCUGUGUCUGACCCCGUGACCUCAGGGGCCGAUGGCCCAGAGUAGCGCUAUGACCUUUGACCUAAGAGAUGUGCUCCUGGGUCCUAGAUAGGCCAAAACAAACUAAUAAAAACCUUUGGUUGUAUGUUUUUUAA